AUGGCUGACAAGCAGAAUCAGAUCCAAAAUCCAAUAGCAUGUGAGCCCUGUCGCCAGAAGAAAUGCAAGUGUGACCGAAUAUUGCCAGUUUGCUCGCAAUGUUCUGACCCAGCGAGAUGCAAUUACCCCGAAAGUGGGAAACGCGGGCUUCCCCAAGGCUAUAUAACCCACCUUGAAAAUCGACUGGCAGCCACAGAACGAGCUCUUUAUAGCUCAUAUGCUUACCUGCGGACCAUCUCUCCCCGGUCGUUCAGCAUUCUCGAUGGACCACAACCAAAUCCAUCGCGAACUGUUGCCACCAACGAAUGGUCAAGGUAUCCACUACACACUCCGGAGGAUCUCGAAAACUGGUGGGUGGAAAAGUCACGCGUAUAUGGGCCUAUUGGAGCCGAGGCGCCGUCGGAUUGGAGCCCGGGAACGACUGGAACGACAUCCAGGGACAAGGAAGCCACUUUAGCAACGAGUUUGAAUAGCCUCAGCUAUAACCACGUUCAGGAGCGCCCGUCUGCAGGUCAUCCGAGGGAGGGGCGAGCGGAGCGACUAGUAGAGCGAGAAUCAGCAGUGUAUUUCUAG